GGAAAAAAAAAGGAAAGAAAGAAAGAAAGAAAGAAAGAGAGUGAAAUACGACUUGUUCAUGUUGGUAGAAUCCAAGGAGCAUUGACGUCUGGCAAAGGAGAAGUAUCCACAGGCGGCGUCCGGUGAAUGAUAUUCCUUUGGCGGUGGUAGGCUGUCCGCUGUAAGUGUGAGAUGGCGUUGGAGGCUGAUGAAAUGGAUUCUCUGUUUGAGGGGAUGAUCCUGUUUAACCCUUCACAAACCCUUGCAGACCAAGACGGCGUCGAUGGUAACUGUGAUCCAAUCCCUCCAACUGAUGCGUCUGCAUCAUUAUCAUCGUCCUCAUCUCAGCCCCUUGACGAAAACCUCUUCUCAGAUCUCACGCUUAUCACUCCCAAUCAAUUCCGAAAUCCACUCUUGGAUCCCUCUCCAACUCCUAUCUCAACGUCAACAACCAGGGAAGAAACCCCCUCGGUCUCCCGACAGAUUUCCAGAAAGAAAAAGAGAGCCAGUUUAAGGAUCGGAUACGGUAGAGACAGCCUCAACCAGCUCUCCCUUGUUGACGAUGCAGAAGUACAAUACUCUCCAUCCGAUGAUUCUCAUUCCCAAACCAAAUCCUUUUCUUUGCUUCCCGAUGAGACGCUGGAUUCUCAUCCAUCACCACCAACAACAUCUCAAGCUAUCUUAGUUCGUGAGGAUCAUGAUUUGGUCUUAGAUGAUGUGCAAUUCAAGCCUUUCCCACAACAGAACGAACAGGAACAAAUACAACUAGAGGAAGAAAAGACUACCUGUUCCACUUCCACUGAAGCCAACUUUGAUCGAGUCAGGGCCAUCAUUUCUGAAAAGCUCCACCAUGCUCGGCAAUUGGCUGCUUCAAUUUCUGCAUCAAGGAAGGAUUCCAUAAGGAGGAGACGAAAAGCCGCUCAGAAUCUAAAUCUAGCAUCCACAAAGUCCAUGGAACUUGAGAAGGAGCUUGAGGAAGCAUGCGAGGCUGAAGAUUUUGAGAUGGCAGAGAGGCUGAGCCAGAGCCUUGCUGGAGCAGAGAAGGACAAACAAGCUUUUAUUGCCGCCCUGAGGGAUGCAGAAGCCGAGUGUGAUGCUAUAGAUUCAAAGAUGCAGGAGGUUCUAGAGCGACAGAUUACAGCUGAGGAAGAAUGCGUUUCUUUGCUGGAACAAUUCGCAACGGAUGCUGCUAACAAUGCAAAUGAAAUCUCCAAGAGGGCACAAUUCCUGUCUUCAAAAGAAAUGGACCAAUGGUUUUCAUCAACUGAAGCCUUGGAAGUCAGGAAGUUGGAAUUAGAAAUUGAAUCGCAUUUAAUAAGUGACACACGCUUGUUAUUGAAUGAUUCCAUUGAGCAUGCAGCUGAAGAUGAAAGGAGAGAGAGAGAAUUUCUUUGCAAGAGAAAAGAUACGCUGAUGGAUGAGCUGGAGAAAUUGCUUGCUUUGGUGAGAGAGAAGGAAGAUGAGAUUGCAGAAAAUGAUGCUAACAUCAAAGCUGUUGAUAAAAGAAUUGCUGAUGUUGUCUCUGGCUUUCAAGAGAUGCAUUCAAGCAUCAGUAUGAAAUAUGAUAAUUUGCAAUCAAGCCUAUCUCAGACGGAAUUGGAGAGUGAAGCUUUAUCAAUGAAGAAAAAGGAAAUUGAUGACUUGCUUUCUGAGGAAGAAGAAAGGGGAGCAAAACUUAGGGAACUUGCUAGGAUUUCUGCAGAUGAAGCAAAAGCAUAUGAAGAAGUUGUUGGUCUAAGAAAGAGUUUUGCAUUGUCCAUUGUGAAGUCCAGGGAAGAUAAACUGAGGCUUGCGAAGACUGAAGAAAAACUCUCUGAGGAAGUGCAAAUUCUCAGACAGGAGGUUUCUGCCGCUAGAGCUUCUCUUCAGGAAUUAUCAUCAACUAAGUCUAGCAUUCAACAAGAAAUAGCAUCCUCCAAGCAAAGAAUUUUCUUCAUAGACAAAAUAGUCCCUGAGCUGGAAGCAGAAAAGAAAGUUGCUGCAGCUGCAAGAAAUUUCAAAGAAGCAGCAAGAGUAGCUGCUGAAGCAAAGAAAUUAAGUGUUGAAAAAGAAGGUGAAGAGGUUAAAAUGGAUGGAGCCAUGUUAGAGCUUGGGAAGCUUGAGGAAGAAAUUAAAGACACUGUUAAUUGGCUGGUGGAGGCUGAUGAAUUGAUUUUGUUCAAGGAAAAAGAGGUGGCAAUGGCUAGAUUCCAGAGGUUGCUUUUAGUGGCUGGUGCUGCUAAAGCAGAAAGGUUGGCUGCUGUAGAGUUGGGGGACCUUGAAGAAGCUAAUCUUCUACUUGCAGAGGCUGAAGCAGCAGAGGUCGAAGCAAAAAACCUUGAACAAAGUUACAAUUUCAAGGAGGAAGAAUUUGAAAAUCUUCCUAAACACUUCAUGUCCAUGGAACUAGUAUCAAACCUUGGUGGGAAACAGUUAGCGGAACUGGCAGCUUCAGUCCAUCUUCCUGCACUGUAGUGAUUUACCACCAGAUUGAAGUCAACUUUGGAACUUUUGAUGGAAGAUUUAUGAAGAAACAAGAACCUGUCUGCUUUUCGAGGGAGAAGCAGAAAAACUCUUAUGGGAAAUAUUGAACAUUCGUGAAACUACUCGAGAAUUGCAUCCCCUAUCUAAGGCUCUUCCAGCCGUUAGGUUUCAUUCUGCCCAGGGUUCUGUAUACUUUUCUGGGUGCUUUCUGAUUUGGCCUCGUUGCUGGAGCAGGAAAAAGGAGUGGUAUCCCCAAAAUAAUUUGUCUUCGAAUUAUUCUGAGCUGUCCAUAUUUUCCGGAGUUAUUUUAUAGCACUGUGUUCUAUUGGCAAUGAUGAGGUCUGGACUCUUUUUGCCCUUUUUCUCCUCGGCCGUAUGCUUGUGGUAUAGCUCCUGCCUAUGUGGAAGGGUUUAGUCUAAUCCACCUUCAUGAAUUUCCCGUCUGAGGUCCUAAAGGUGCUUGUUUUCAGUCUAGUGGCAGCAUCCGAUAGGCUUAUUUUGGGUGAUGUCCCAAAAGAUUUGUACCCGUUAUGAAUCUUAUGAUUAUUUUAAAGAUUAUUUUUAUUCAAGUAAA